AUGCCCUUUUGUGCUCUCCUCCAGAGAUGCCCACUGGGUAUUCAAAAGUAUCUGGCCCGUCCCGGUCCUCCUAUGAUGGACUUGUCGUCACUGGACGGCCCGCCUAUCUUUGAUACAAGGAACGCCAUUUCAUCAGGCCCAAUCGACUUCUCGUCCUUGGAUGGGGGUCCCGUCAUCGCCGACCCGGUAAUCUUUCUGCCCCCAAACCCUACCGUCUCUUGUAUCCAUGAGGAGCCGCCCACUCCGCAGACCGAUGCCCAAUAUCAUUUACUUUCGAAACCUCUUCCCCCAAGACCCUCUACAGAUUCGUCAUGGCAACGGGCCAGGGUCGUCAGACGGACAUCCAAUGCUGACGACGAUGCAACCAAUGCCCUCGGACGUGCCCCCGUCCGACGACGACAAGCGAGCCCUAGCGAGGAUAUAUCUCUGGUAGAUGAGUACAACCAUGAUCGCUCACGCCCGGCCAUUCAAGUCUUGACAAACCCGGCCGCUUCUCAACCUAGACGAUCUCACAGCUGUGAUCCUCUUGUCUGGUUGGAAGAAGAAGGUCUAUGGGAGAUACCUAGUCGGUGGCCGUCACGCACAACGGUCCCAUCCCAACACAGUCAACGCAGUCGCCGUCGAUCAUCUGUAUCCACCGUCUUCAGUGCCAUACCUGAUGGAUGGCCUAUACACAUGCAUCAUGGAUGGCCACCACAUCAAUUUGACACCGUUCGUGUCCAUAUUGACAGUGCUUUAGGCGAAUUACCCCCUUCCUAUGACAGUCACGCUUUUAGUCCCACUUAUGUGAUGCGAAUGCAAGAUGGGCCGUUGGCAGGAUGGAGCGCUGUCUCGCGUCGCGUGACCAAUGUAUCGGCUAAUUGA